AUGUAUUCGGACUCACUUGGUACAAACCUCUCAGAUACGGAUAAACUCUGCACUUUAGAAGCAGAAGCUGCAGUAUCAGAGACAUCCUUUGGCGUUCGUGACAUUCGAAUUGCUGAAGCCCUUCCAUUCAGUGAAUCCCUUGCCUAUCUCAAUCUUACGACUCUCGAGGGGGAACGUCUGUGUGUCGAGAUUUCAGCUCUGGGUUUUCGACCAGUCGGUGUCGACUAUGAUGACGUUAUAGGCGCAGUGCCUCCCCCGAAGCAGGACAGCUCGCCAUCAGCUCUCUCCACAGAUUCUCCCAAAUUCGAGCACUAUGAGACAAUUUAUGCCCUCUUAUCGGCACGAAGCGCCGGGUUUAGAGAUCGUUUCUCACAGCGUUUAGCGGAACGCUUGGCUCAGCUGCAGCAAGACCAACAAAUUAUGAAUAAGCCUACCAACUAG